AUUCCUUCUCUGAAAAAUUGAAAGUUUGAAACCAUGGCGCCUGAACCUAAAAAAAUUCGCCCUGUAGCAUCUUCGGACGAAGACGCAAAAUCUUACGCAACGUCUGAUGAAGACGAGAAGAUGUCCGAGCAUGAAGUAAUAAUUGAUCAGAAACCUGAAUCGUCUUUUGAAUCUGAGGAGUGCUCUGCGGAAUCCGAUUGCAGCACUGAAGAAGAGGACGAGGGAGAAACAACUCAAUCUUCUUCCGAAUCUGAGGAAUCUCAGGCCCCACCACCCGCAUCCGGCUUAGCCCUACUGUCCCGUGUUGCUUCCAAGACUACUUCGAAGCAACUAUCUUCAAGGCCAUCCGGAAAGCGUGCCUUGGAAGCCGAAAAGGAAGUUUCCCAGAAAAAGAAGCCUGGGGCUCAACGAAAGUGGAGCGAGAAGGAUGAGAUUACCAUCCUCACGGAAAAGAUUCACUACGAAGCCCAAAGAGGGGCUAAUAAGGGUCGUUCUCCUCGCUUCUUCUAUGACUUCAUGAAAAAUAAAUGGAAUAUUUCUGUUUCGAGGACUAGCUUAACAGAUAAGCUUAGGAGGCUCAAAAAGGAUUUCUUAACCCUUUAUAAGAAAGGUGAUGUCCCUACUUUUGCUAGCCCUCACGAGUCUAAGCUUUAUCAACUUUCUGAAAUGAUUUGGGGCACUUCUAGUAAUGCCAAUUGUACUAGUGAUGCUGCUAAACCAAUUGCAAAAAAUGCCAAUGGGAAGGUAAAAAGGCUUGCUGAGGAAAGCGUCAUUAGCCACUCCAUGAAUGCAGUUGAAUCUGAAGAAGUGACUGAAAAGAAGAAGAAGAAGAAGAAGAAGAUUGCUCUUACAGACAAAGGGAAUGAGAAGAAAAGGAAGCACAAGCCUGAUCCAGAGGAAAAAGAUGAACACACUGCUCCUGUUGAAAAAGAUGAGAAAACUGCUGGUAAGGUUGAGCACAACCAUUCUGCCCCUAAGGAGAAAGACAGCCAUUCCGAUAAGAAGAAGAAAAAGAAGAGGAAAACUGCUCCAGAGGGAAAAGAUGAACGAACUGCUGCUGUUGAAAAAGAUAAGCAAACUGCAGGUAAGGUUGAAGGCAGUCAUUCUGCCUCUAAGGAAAAAGACAGCCAGACAGAUGAGAAUAAAAAGAAAAAGAAAAACAAGACUGGUCAAGAGGGAAAAGAUGACCAAACUGCUGUUUCUGAAAAAGAUAAGCACACUGCCAGUAAGGGUAAAGACAACCAGACUGAUGAGAUGGAAAAGAAAAAGCCACAGAAGACUGCUCCAGAGGAAAAAGAAGAGCAAACUGAUGUAGAAAAAUAUAAACAGGCUGCUGAUAUGGGUAACGACAACCAUUCUGCCUCGGAGGAAAAAUACAGCGAGGCUGGUUGCUAUGAGGUAAAUGAUGGAAAAGGUGAAGCAAAUCAUGGUGAAGCAAAGAAUGAAGAAGGGGAUUUUCAGUACAAAUACCCUUACUUGUUUAAAUCUUUCAACAAGAAAAACUAUCCAAAGAGUGGUCAGGAGACAUUGGAUAUGUUGAAGAAAAAUGUGUUUCUGAUUGAUAGUUUCAAAGCCGCUGAGCUUGAGGAGAUGUGGAUCAAGCUAUGGGAACAAAAGGUUGAGUGCUGCGUGAAGUUGGGAGAUAUGUUAGCACUGCAGGCCAGAUUUAUGCUUGAUGCUAUGAAGAGGUAAUUGUGAACAUUGCCACGUCUGAUUGAUGUAUGAUAUGUAGCAUAUUUUUUUGCACUUUUGAAAACUAAACUUGGGAUUUUGCUGCUCUUAGACUGCUAAUAUUGAUGCUACUAUUAAGAUGAAUGCCUUUAUGAAUGCACAGAAUGUGAUAUUGUGCUUAAAAAGUUGUACAUUAUUGCUAAAAACGCAGCCUUAUUUUU